AUGCCAGUGAAACGAUCCGGGGGAUCUUCUUCUACGGCACCUAAACGAACGCGAUUCGCAUCUUCUCCCCCUGCUGAUUCACCUUCCGGCUCUAUAUCAAAUGACGAAGAUGAUUUACUCGAAGAUGACUUACCGCAAGGUGCAGCAAAAGAGAAACAGCGUGCUAAGAGAUCAUUGAAAGAUACAGAAGGUUAUGGAAGUGAUUCGUCAAAUGAUGAAGAAGGUGUUGUACCUUCCCGUAGACCAGGAAAUAAGGAGGAAGAAGACGAUGAUGUAGAUAUGUUUGCUGAUGAUGUUGACGAGAAAGAAAAAGAAAAAGCCAGUGCUAAAGAAAAGGGCAAGGGGAAAGACAAAGAAUACAUGGAUUUAAACGAAAUUGAAGGUCAAGAAUUCGAACGUAUCAAUACCAAAAACGGUGGAAAUGGUGAUGAAGAAAACUCUGAUUCUGAAGAAGAAGAAAUGCGUAAAAAUGGCAAAGAAGGACUGGAUGGUGAUAUGGGAACUGAUAUCACACCUUUUAACAUGAAAUCGGAAAUGACUCAAGGUCGAUUCACAUCAAACGGUGAAGAAUAUCAAGAAAAUGAAAAAGAUCCAAAUGAAAAACACGAUCAAUGGUUAACAAACUUAGAUAAAGACGAAAUCAAAAAAGCUAGAAGAGCACAUAGGGAAAGGGAAAGAAUUGAGAAAGAAAAACAAGAAAAAGAAACGGGAAGUAAAGAAAAAGAAUUGAGUUUAUUAAAUGAUGCCUUGAGUUUAAUGGAAAGAGGUGAAACUAUACUGGAAAGUUUACAGAGAUUAGGCGUCGAAGUUGAACAACAAAAGAAAAAGGAAGAACAAUUGCAAAAUACAGGUGGGAAGAAGAAAAGUUGGGCUGAAAGACAAAAAGAACGAAAGAAAUUAAUGGCUUCUGAACAAGAGCAAAUCGACCCAAUACAUACUUCUAACCCAUUCACCAAUCUAUCCAAUAUAGUCUCUGCUCUCACCACAAUAGGUCAUCUCGAUGUCUAUUCAUUAUCAAAAGAGAGCAUACAACGUAUGCUAUCAUCGAAUAAAUCAGCUUCUAAUGGUUCACGUCCAGCUGCCGCGAGUCCAGCUCCGGUCGAUACGAGGCAAUUUCAAUAUAGAUUCUCCAUGGCUUACGUCAGGAAUCUGCCGGAAGCUCAAAGACCAGUCGAAAGAGAAGUGUUUGGCCCCUUCCCAGUAAUUCAGCUUAAGCAAUGGCGAAAUACAGGAUUCUUCGGAGGACCAGCUUGCGAGAACGUUGAAUUGAGGCUGGCAGGAAAUGACUCUGGGUCAUGGGGAAGCUGGGAUAAUAUAGUGGACAAAGCAUAG